UUUUCCACUCGGUGAAGAAGAAGAAAGCGAACCACGUGUGUCCGCCUGGUGGAGGUGAAUGUUGUGAGUGUGUGAGAUCAGAAAUCAGCGGCAGGUUCUCGGUUCUCCGGUAGAAAUGACUAAAGUGAAGAAGGAGAAGAUUACCGAGGAAGGAGCGGAACCGGCGGCGGAGUCCGGCGGAACCGAGCGGAGCUAUGCGGAGCUGAUCGCUCACCUCAACCCCAUCGCUCAGCCGCUGGCCUCCAGGAAGCUCAGCAAGAAGCUCUACAAGUGCGUUAAAAAAGCCGCUAAGGUGAAGAACAUCCGGAGGGGAGUGAAGGAGGUGCAGAAGUUCAUCAACAAGGGGGAGAAAGGCAUCGUGGUGAUGGCCGGCGACACGCUGCCCAUCGACGUCUACUGCCACCUGCCCAUCAUGUGCGAGGACCGGAACCUGCCCUACGCCUACAUCCCGUCCAAAGUGGAUCUGGGCUCGUCUGCCGGCUCCAAGCGGCCGACCUGCGUGAUUCUGAUCAAACCUCAUGAGGACUACCAGGACGCCUACGACGAAUGUUUGGACGAGGUGUCCUGCCUGCCCAAACCGCUGUGAGACGCAGCCAAUCAGGAGGCAGCGCUGGCCUCGUUCUCCCAGAAUCCUCCUGUUCCUCUGCGGCCGCGGACCCGGCUAAACGGGUCAGGCAUGUUUAGCUGCUGUUAGCCCCUGUUUCCAGUGUUUGUGCUAAGCUAAGCUAACAUGCUGCCCCCUGCUGGACACAGGAAGUGACAUCACUGCUUAGUUUAUAGACCCGGUUAUUGAUCCACGAGCAGCUGAAGCUCUGCUGGACUUUCUGUUUGUGUUUAUUUUUUUUUUCAGAUGUUUGACAACAUUUAAAGUCUUUUUGUAUUUUAUUAAAAA